CACAUCUCUACUCAGAGACACCUCGCUGAUCUGGAGAAGUUAGCUUUCGAAGCCGACGAGGACUUGGACGCUGGCAGUUCCAUGAACUCCAAUCAUGAUGCAGGAAGCAAACAGGCUUGCCCGUUAUGCCCUAAGGAAAAAUUUAGAGCUUGUAAUAAUCAUAAGCUUCGUCGCCACCUUCAGAAUUUGCACUGGAAAGUCUCCGUUGAAUUUGAAGGUCACAGGAUGUGCAUUUGUAACUUACCCUGCCGACCUGUGAAGCCCAACACUGUCACUGAGCAGGCCUCAGGUCAGAUGGGCGCUCACUAUCAUUGCGUCAUUUGUUCCACAACCAUCACCAGAAGGACGGACAUGCUGGGCCAUGUCAGGCGCCACCUGAACAAAGGGGAGACUAAGUCCAGGUACAUCGCUGCUUCUGCUGCUAACCCAACUAAUGAAAUCUUGAAAGAAGCAGACACAGAUGUCCAAGUUUGUCCUAAUUAUUCUAUACCUCAGAAAACAGAUUCCUAUUUCAAUCCCAAGAUGAAACUAAAUAGGCAAUUGGUCUUCUGUACGUUGGCUACUCUCACGGAGGAGCGGAGACCUUUGGAAUGUCUCGAUGCUUUUGGAGCUACUGGGAUAAUGGGAUUACAGUGGGCAAAACAUCUCAGGAAUGCAGUCAAGGUUACAAUUAAUGACUUGAAUGAAAACUCUGUGACAUUGAUUCAGGAAAACUGCCAUUUGAACAAAUUGAAAGUGGUGGUAGACACUGAAGGCAAGGAGGAGAGUGCAGCCGAUGUUGGAACAGAGCAGACUCUGGGGAAGGUCACAGUCACAAGGAUGGAUGCCAAUGUGCUGAUGCAUUUGCGAGCAUUUGAUUUUAUCCACCUGGACCCAUUUGGAACAUCAGUGAACUAUCUGGACUCCGCGUUCCGGAAUGUCCGAAACCUGGGCAUUGUAUCAGUGACGUCCACAGACAUUAGCUCCCUGUACGCCAAGGCCCAGCACGUGGCCCGGCGCCACUACGGCUGCACCAUUGUCCGCACUGAGUAUUACAAGGAAUUGGCAGCCAGAGUCGUCACUGCUGCUGUAGCCAGAGCAGCCACUCGCUGUAACAAAGGUAUCGAGGUCCUGUUUGCUGUGGCUCUGGAGCACUUCGUGCUGGUGGUGGUAAGAGUGCUGAGGGGACCCGCUUUUGCUGACGAGACAGCCAAGAAGAUUCAGUACCUGAUCCAUUGCCAGUGGUGUGAAGAGAGGAUUUUUGAGAAGGAUGGUAACAUGGUGGAAGAGAACCCCUACAGACAGUUGCCCUGCCAAUGCCACGGCAGCGUGCCUGGGAAGACGGCCAUCGAGCUGGGACCUCUGUGGUCCAGUUCCCUUUUCAAUACUGGAUUCCUCAAGAGGAUGUUCUUCAAUUCCCUUCAUCACGUCCUAGAUGACAUCCAGCCCCUUAUCAAGACACUGAUCUUCGAGUCUGAGUGCCUGCCUCAGAGCCAGGGCUCUGUUGUCACCUCUUCCAGCCUCAGCAAGCAAGAAGAAUAUGGUGUAUUUAUUAAAACUACAGAUGAUGCCACAAUGGAUAAUUACAUUGCACAAGGAAAGAGGAGAAGCAGCGAGAUGUUGGCGAGCACAGCCAAAAGGCAGAAGAGCGAGAGUAGCACCGAGCACCCGCCCUUCUACUACAAUAUCCACCGCCACAGCAUCAAGGGAAUGAACAUGCCCAAGCUGAAGAAGUUUCUGUUCUACCUCUCUCAGGCAGGGUUCCGAGUGAGCCGGACACACUUCGAUCCCAUGGGCGUCCGGACAGAUGCACCCCUGAUGCAGUUUAAAUCCAUCCUCCUCAAGCACAGCACCCCAACCUACACUGGAGGGCAGGUAGAAGGGACCAUCCGCUCAGCAGCUGAUGAAACAGCAGCUCACAAGACUGAAAUGUCCUGAGUGACACAGCCAAAGCAGACCCCAGGAGGUCUGGCACCAGGUGCCCCACCUCCAUCAUCCCUAAUUCUCAGGGCUCACUGGAGCAUGCACUCUUUGAUUUGUUCAGUAGUGUGAAAUAAACGGUUUUCCUGCAGAA